CAAAGUAUUAUAUAUUACCAAUUUGGCACCUUUUUGAAAUCCUCUGCCAGUUGAAUGAACUGGAUCCAUGAGCUCAAAUACCCCAGCAGCAACUGGGAAAUUUUAUAUUCCAGUUGCGUUUCUGGGAUUGAAAAUGUCGGUAUUUAUGGUUGUUUAUUCAUUCAGUUUCCUUCCCUAAAGGACAUUACUGAAUCAGAUGGGCUUUUCCGACAAUCGGCAAUGGUUUUGUGGCCAUCUCUUUAUUCCAGAUUCCAUUGAAUUCACGUUUUACCAUCUGCCAUGGCAUCUACUAUAUGAUGCCCUGGACUCGAGAACAAUGGUUUUGGUUUGCUAGUCCGGUGGCAUUAACAUUACACCACUGCCUGCCUUGGUAUCGAUAAUAAUGACCACAGAGUCACCAAUGUCAUUUAGGGAAGGCACAGGAGCAGAAGUAGGCCAUUCAGCCCUUCAAGCCUGCUCCACCACUUGCUGAGAUUAUGGCUGACCUGAUAAUCGUCAACUUCACUUUCCUACCAUUUCCUCCCAUAACCUUUAAUAUGCUUCCAUCAGCCAUUCUCGCCCCGUCUGGCCUGUGUGUGACUCCAGCCCCACAGCAAUGUGGUCGAGUCUUUAUUGCCCUCUGAAUUGGCCCAGAGAGUCACUUGAUUAUGUACCAAGGGGCGGCAUAAGGGCCUAAAUGAAUACAUCCCCGGCCGAUCUAACGUUUAGUCAUCUUCUCCAAGGCUCUGCAGUCUUAGAAUGUUUACAUUUUGGAGUUUCCUGGGGUAUUUUUCUGGGUGAGAGUUACUUUUAUAAAUUAAAGUUAUUGAUGAACUGGCAGAUAAUAUACAUUUAAUCUGGGAUCAGAGGAUAUCCUAAUAAGGAAAAGUUGGGCCUGUAUCCAUUGCAGUUUAGAUAAGUGAGAAACGAUCCUUUUUGAGACUUAAGAGAUUCAGAGUGGACUGGGUGGGUGGACAUUGAGAGCAUGUCUCCCCUUGUGGGAGAGACUAGAACCAGAGGCUUGUUUUCAAAGUAGUCUGCCAUUUGAGAUAGAGACACAGAAUUUUUUUUUUUCCUAUUUUUUUUGAGGUGCAGAAGUUCCUGGAACACUCUCUCUGUCUUUUUCCAGAGAGCGAUAAGGGGCAGGUCACGAGGGUGGAGUGAAAUAGGUUCUUGAGUAACCAGUAAGUCAAACGGUUAUUGAAGGAGAGAUGGGAGCAGGGAGUUGAAGUUGCAAUUGGAUCAACCAGAGCCAGAAAACAGCUUCUGCUCCUGAGCUGAUAAGGGUCAGAUGUAUCUUGCAUUCAUGAAUCUUACAUGAAAGCUCUGAAUCUGAGCCAAGUCGCCUAGUAUGCAGCUUGACAUAGAAAGAGGUGGAUUUUUGAUUCCCUACGUGAUAAUGUUAGUUGUGGAAGGACUGCCUUUGUUUUACCUGGAGCUGACCUUGGGCCAAUUGAUGAGGCAGGGAAGCAUUGGAGCUUGGAAAGCAGUCAAUCCAUAUUUAGUUGGUGUUGGUGUAGGAAGUCUCGUGAUAUCAUUUCUGGUUUGCGUCUACUACAAUGCAAUUGUGUCCUGGAGUCUUUGGUAUCUGUUCCAUUCGUUUGAGAACCCUCUGCCCUGGGCACACUGUCCAUUAAAUGCAAACAACACUGCAAUUGUGGAAGAAUGUGCAAAAAGUUCACCCACUGAAUUCUUCUGGUACAGAAAGACAUUAAAUGUCUCUCCCACAAUCGAUGACACAGGGACAUUGCACUGGGGGCUGAUGCUGUGUUUGAUCCUCUCCUGGCUUAUAGUUUACCUGUGUAUCAUUAGAGGAACUGAAUCUACUGGCAAGGUGGUCUAUGUCACAGCUGGCUUUCCAUAUGUUGUGUUGGUGAUUUUUCUCAUUCGAGGAGUAACUCUACACGGAGCAGGAAAUGGGCUCGUUUAUAUGUUCAGUCCAAAGGUGGAGCAGCUGAUGGACCCGAAAUCUUGGAUUGACGCAGCCACCCAGAUCUUCUUCUCGCUCGGCCUGGGCUUUGGGAGUCUGAUCGCGUUUGCCAGUUACAACCAGAAAAACAACAACUGUGAGAAACAAGCAGUUAUCAUUGCUUUAAUUAACAGUCUGACAUCCGUGUUUGCCAGCGUUGUCACUUUUGCCAUAUAUGGUUUCAAAGCUACAUAUAAUUAUGAAAGCUGUCUUGAAAGAAUGGUGUUACUUCUAACAAACACUUUUGACCUGGAUGAGACUGCAAUACAAACAGACACUCUUUCAGAGUGGGUGAUGUUCCUGAAUUCAACACAGCCGAGCAAAUUUGCAACAAUUGCUUCACAGAUCGAAACAUGUGACCUACAGUCUCACUUGGACACGGCUGCGGAAGGCACCGGGCUCUCAUUUAUAGUCUUCACCGAAGCAAUUGUGAACAUGCCUGGGCCAUCCCAGAUCUGGUCGAUAUUGUAUUUUCUGAUGGUCCUGAUGUUGGGCAUUGGCAGUAUGCUGGGGAACGCUGCUGGCGUCAUUACUCCACUCAGUGACAUGAAGAUCAUUUCCAAAUAUUUGCCAAGAGAGGUCAUGAUAGGGAUCGUGUGUCUCACAGCUUGUGUUAUUGGACUUGUGUUCAACAUUGGAUCGGGGAAUUAUUGGUUCUCCAUAUUCAAUGACUAUGCAGCCACCUUGGUACUUCUGGUGAUUGUUUUGAUUGAAGUCAUUGGGAUCUGUUAUGUCUACGGGCUAAGAAGGGCCUCUGAUAGACAUCCUUUUGGCAGUCUGUCAAGUUUUAACCUCUUGCCAAGAAUCCAGAAGGUGGAGUUUAAUUUUAAUGCUGAUGGAAUUGAUACAAGUCUCAGCUCCAGUACGUGAGUUAGGAAUAGGAGGUUGGAGGGUGGGGAUCUGUUAGCAGCACUCUCAUGGGAUCUGUUCAGCAACUCUGUGAGAUUUUAAAAGAGCAGACAGCCCUGGAAACAGGUGGGAUGUGUUUGGCACUGUCUGCAGGCAGAAGCAGGGUUAGCAUUCUGAGUCCAGCAGGACUUCUCAUCUGAAUGAGCAGUUUGUACUCGGUAUCUGUCACCACAGACACUGCUCAGGUUCUCCCAGCUCUGAUAAGACACGGCCAGAAUAGACUCUGUGUGUGAAGCUUGUGCUAUAAUGUUUUAUUGAAAUGCCUUUUAUAAAGGUCUCCAUCUUGGAUUUCCUUUCCCCAAGUCUUUACACUGCGGUGUUCUCUUUAAUGCUUCCUUCUGUCUGCAGACUCUGUGUCUGGGCGGAAUGGGAAAAGACUCCAAAUAAGGAAGUAAUUGACUGACUGUUUCAGCCCUGUCCAUAUCCUCUGUACACAUUCCACUCGCUGGUCAGGCACUGUGGGAGGGAGGCCGCUGUUCCUGGGUUGGAUUGUUUUAAAAGUACAGCUCUGCUGCCUGAGAUAGGGAUCACAUCAUCCCUGGGGAGCGGCAGGAUCACAAACAAACACUGCACC